AGCUGUGUCCAAUCACAGCUGAUCAUAUGAGAGCCAGUAAUUGGCUUUACUCAGAGGGGACAUGUACACUGAUCAUCAGGGCACUGAUGAUCAGUGUGCCCCGAUGAUCAGUGUAGCCCCAGCAGUGCCAACUGUCAGUGCUCAUCAAUGCCACCUGCCAGUGCCCAUCAGUGUUACAUAUCAGUGCCUACCAGUGCACAUCAAUGCCACAUAUCAGUGCCCAUCUGAGCUGCAUUUCAGUGUUACCUAUCAGUGCCAGUCAGUGCCACCUAUCAAUGCCAGUCAGUGCUACCUAUCAGUGCUGCCAAACAGUGCCAGUCAGUGUCUCCUAUCAGAGCGCAUCAGUGCCGCCUAUCAG